AUGAUGAGUUACACGUCACACUCGUACCAGAUAAGAUAUAUAACGGAUAUACCUAGACGGAACAGGGUGUGUUUUACGUGAACUUUGUCAAGAACUGGAUUGUGUUUCUGGAAGAAAUAUAGACUUUAACAAAACAGCAUAUGCCACUUCAUUGGUACGGAAAACAAAGAAAGUGACGAUGGGCUCAACAUGGUCUUAUGGUACCAGCAUAGAUGCAGUAGAUAGAAAUGUUGAAGGAAUAUGGACGGAGGGAUUACGAAACACAACGCCAGACUACGGACAGGUAGGAAGCAAUUUUAAUGGCUGGCGAAAACCUGUUUCGAAAUUUGCUCGAAAUGAAGUCACGCUUGCUGAACGCCUUCGAGAAAACGUUUACAUAGGAGAAUACGAUAUAUCGGACGAACUUUGGCAGAAAUCCUGCGGUGUUGUAGAUGAAAUAACGCGAUUCUUUCAUGUCACACUGAAGAAAGUAACUUCAAGGUAUUAUCCUGGCCUCAGUUUUGGUGAUUUUGUGAAGCAGGGUAGUUCUCGCGAGGGUUUGAAAAUUCGACACCCCGACGAGUUUGAUAUGAUUCUUCCAUUCACCAUUGAAGGAGUUGAUAUACACGCUGUUCCAGCUCUCGAUAGAAGCGGAGAGCUGAUUCCGGCACACAUGAAACUACAGAUUACAAAAUAUACACAGAUUCAGAAUGUCAUGAAUGGCAGCCGGUACCAAUCGCUGAAAAAUAACGGCGUAUUUGAAAAGUGUGGCACUGAUCUGUUUCUUAACGCAAUGUGCUUCCAGACGCGGGUAGUAUCAUCCAUCAUGGAUACCACCAUAGCAGAGAUACAGAAAGAAAUCGACACGAAGAACAGGAAUCAAGCUUGCUUUUUUACACUCAGUAAAACAAGCGUGUUUCCGCCAACGUAUAGAUUCAAAAUAAAAAUAGAUGCUGAUUUUGAUGAACUCUCAAUUUUUUUCCGGUUUAUUUCAACGCUUAGGGACAUUGUAUAUGAAGAAGCUGCAACUCCAAUGUGGAACGCCACGCACACAGUGAUUGAGUUCGAUAUUGUGCCGGGGCUGCUACUUCAAACCGAUUCUGUCCCUAAUCCAGACAGCUGGUGGUUUUCAAUGACAUGUGAUAGAUACGCCGUCAUGAAGUGGAUCCACAAAGGACGUUACGCGGAUGAUUAUUCUGAGCCGAAUCUGCUUUGGAGGGAGAGCUCGUGCGGGUACGAGAAGCAUAUAAUCGAUGUCAGUAGAAGGAACAAAAGUGACGUCUACAUCCUGACAGCUUGUAGGAUAUUAAAGGCCUACUUAGACGGCUUGGGGAACUCCUCACAACUAUGUAGUCUUCUAUCGUCCUACCACAUCAAGAACAUCGCGAUCCACUGUAUUCUUCUUCAGCUGCGCGUUUCUGGCGUCAAGGAAGCUUUGGGUUACCUCAUUGCGUUCCUGGAGAUAGGUCUUGAAAUGAAGUUCUUGCCACAUUAUUUCUACGGAAAUCCUUACAUUUCGAACAUGUUUCCGAAAUUAUCAGAAAACGCUAACCAGAGACGUCUCAACCUGUUCAGAAAAAUCCCUCAUGACCACUUUGCACAGGCCAUACUUUCAAUGAGGCGGAUGAAAGCCGAUUUACACGAUUUGUUUACCGAAAGUAGUCAUCUUGGUAACCACCGGAGUAUCGACUCCUUCAGAAACCUCUGCUCUGAAGACACAAGUGGCAGAUGCCUGCUGAUGUGAGUCUUCACUGGUGCAGACAUUGAUUAUUAGUCAUGCUCAUCAUAUAGGGAAAGAAUGCUUUUGGACAAGGAAAUUUGCAUGAGCAUAAACAACUGAUGAUGUUGAUUCAUAUUGAACAAUUUUGAACAAGGGAACGAAAACUGAAACCCGCAAUUUUCUCAUACCUUCAUUUGAUGUCUGAUUUUUAAAAAUAUGUAUCAUCAAAUUGUGUUAAGGUUUCCUUAAGCUGAAGUGAUACAAAUUCUCGAAUCAGUAUCACACUGUGUAUAUCCUCACGGAGUGUACUAGCUGUAUCAUCACCUAAGCAGGUGAUACAUAACUGGUUUUUGUUUAUAUGUUCAUUGUAUAUUGUAGUAUUACAUUACGAGUAAGUAGCAUAGUGAAUUACACUAUGGACAAAUUGCCAUCAAGGAUUCAAAUGAAGUUCGAUGUUAUAGAUUAUAAUCAUAAAUGUGUUUUGCAGUUUUGUUGAACUACCCGAGUUCCCGAUGUGAGGACAUGCAGUUAGGUGGAUUUGACCUAUAUUUACGUGGCGGGUGUCAUGUCAUGAUACAUUUUGACGUCACAAUACAACCUACCAAAAUUGACGCCAAAAUAAACAAUCCACUUUUAGGUCAUCAUUUGAGGAACAACAAAGGACAACAAAUACAGAUACAUGUACAUAGUUGCAGGCAUGACUUUAGCAACAGACUUUUGACAAACAUUUUCUUUGUUUUUCAUGCAACGAUCUGUGUUGUUAGAAACAUUUAACCAGGUCUUAAUAUAUCGAUUAACAUUGAUUCUUUUGACUCUCUUUAUACAAUGUAUGUCUUCUGUAGCUUGAUCUAGAUAUAUACAUUGCAGAAAGUUGUUUAAUAUUGUUAAUUAAUAUUUGCAUUUCCCAACUGCAUACAAAAAACUUUAUAUAUUCGGUAUUGGUGAAGAUUCAGUUAUCAUUGUUUACCACU